GUAACAGUCCUUUGGUGUCCAUGUUACCGCCAUCAUCUUUCCAGAGCUCUUCACAGUUCUCCAUCAGUUAUGCUGCCCACAAUGCUAAGCUCAACAGAAGAGAUGGAGCAGGAGGCUGGUCUCCCACUGUGACAGACCCAGAGCCCUGGCUCCAGGUGGAUCUAAGAGACCGAAUGGAGGUGACAGCUGUGGCCACACAGGGACGCUAUGACAGUUCAGAUUGGGUCAGCAGAUACCUGUUGCUCUUCAGUGACACAGGCCAGGCCUGGAAACAGCUCAGACAGGGGGACGGCAUUGGGAGGUUUGUGGGGAAUGUCAAUUCAGAGGCUGUCGCCCACAACAAGCUGUCCCAGUCAGUGAGGACUCGCUUCCUGCGUUUCAUUCCUGUGGACUGGAGUCCGAGUGGCUGGCUGGGCCUAAGAGUGGAGGUGUACGGCUGCUUCUACAAGUCAGACGUGGCAGACUUUGAUGGCAGAAGUUCUUUGCUGUACCGGUUCAACCAGAAAUCCCUGUCAACAGUGAAGGAUGUGAUCUCCCUGCGCUUCAAGAGCCACCAGGCUGAGGGGGUUUUACUGCAUGGGGAGGGACAGAGGGGUGAUUACAUCACGCUGGAGCUUCACCGAGGAAAACUGGCCCUCUACCUCAAACUUGAUGACACUAGGCCGGUGUACAGCAGCAGUCGUGUUGCUGUUACGGUUGGCAGUCUGCUGGAUGACCAGCACUGGCACUCUGUCAUCAUUGAGCGUUUCAACAAGCAGGUGAACCUCACGGUGGACUCCCACACACUGCACUUCCAAACCAAAGGAGAAGGAGACUCACUGGAGGUCGACUAUGAGUUGAGCUUUGGAGGCAUUCCACUGCCUGGCAAACCUGGGACCUUCCUCAGGAAGAACUUCCAUGGCUGCAUUGAAAACCUCUAUUACAACGGCAUCAACAUCAUUGACCUGGCAAAGAGACGAAAGCCACAGAUUUACAGCGUGGGUAAUGUGACCUUCGCAUGUUCAUGGCCCCAGCUAGUGGCCUGCACCUUCCUGAGCUCCAGCAGCAGCUUCAUGUCAUUGCCAAUGGCUGUACCAUCUGCCAUCAUGGAGGGUUUCUCCAUUCGUUUCCAAUUCAGGACAUGGAAUCCUGAUGGGAUGCUAUUCUCAGCACGGCUAAGCCCAGAGCCGCAGAAACUGGAGCUGCAGAUGAGCAGCAGCCGACUGCUCCUUACCCUACACAGCUCAAAACGACAGAGAUCAGAGGCCUCAGCUGGUCACAGAGUCAAUGACGGACUGUGGCACACUGUGAAUCUUGACACCAGAAGACUACAGAUCACUCUGACUCUGGAUAAUGAGCUGGCCUCCACCAUAGAGCAGUGGGAGCAAUUGGAAACCCAAGGGAGCUUCUACUUUGGAGGCUGUCCUCCAGCAGGCUGUCAGAAUCCAAAUCUGGCUUUCCAGGGCUGCAUGCGCCUCAUAAUCAUUAAUGGCCACCCAAUCAACCUCAGUCAUGUCCAGCAAGGACUGCUUGGAAACUAUAAGGAACUUCAGUUUGACGCAUGCAACAUAAGGGACAGGUGUCUUCCUAAUUUGUGUGAACAUGGUGGUCGCUGUUGGCAGUCCUGGAACUCCUUCUCUUGUGAUUGUUCGGGGACCGGCUACUCUGGAGCCACCUGUCACACCUCCAUCUACGAGUCAUCCUGCGAGGCUUACAAGGUGAUUGGCAGCCCCUCUGGCUUCUACUCCAUUGAUCCAGAUGGGAGUGGCCCCUUGGGCUCUAUACUGGUCUACUGCAACAUGACAGAGGAGAGGGUGUGGACAGUGAUGACCCACAACGUCACAGGUCCAAUCAGAGUCCAGGGUUCUUCUCUUCAGAAACCCCACGUCAUGGUGGUUAACUACAGUGCUUCGGUCGAACAACUAUAUGCAAUGAUCUCAGGGUCAGAGCAGUGCCAUCAGGAAGUGGUGUACAACUGCAGGAAGUCUCGCCUCUUUAACACCAAAGAUGGCCGCCCGUUGUCCUGGUGGUUGGACCAGAAAGGAGAAAAGCGGACCUACUGGGGAGGCUUCCUGCCUGGAGUCCAGCAGUGCUCCUGCAGCCUGGAGGAGAAUUGUGUUGACAUGAACUACUUCUGUAACUGUGACGCUGACAAAGACACAUGGGCUACUGACACAGGGAUCCUCUCCUAUAAAGACCACCUGCCGGUCAGCCACAUGGUGAUUGGAGACACCAACAGAACAGACUCGGAGGCCAUCUAUCAAAUUGGCCCUCUGCGUUGUUAUGGAGACAAGUCCAUGUGGAACGCAGUGUCCUUCUACCAGGAGUCCUCUUCCCUUGUCUUCCCCACCCUGCAGGUUGAGCUGGCCUCUGACAUCUCCUUCUACUUCAAGACCAGUGCAUUUUCAGGAGUAUUUCUGGAGAACCUGGGCCACACUGAUUUCAUUCGAGUGGAGCUCAGUUCUCCUGCAGUGGUGACUUUCUCCUUUGAUGUGGGAAACGGUCCAGCGGUAGUGGCUGUGAAGUCCCAUCUCCCUUUGAAUGACAGGCAGUGGCACUAUGUGAGAGCAGAGCGUAAUGUGAAGGAGGCAUCACUGCAGGUUGACCAACUUCCUCUCCGCUUCCUGGAUGCUCCAGCUGAUGGACACUAUCGUUUACACCUCAACAGUCAGUUGUUUGUGGGAGGAUCAGCAUCAGAGAGAAGAGGCUUCCUGGGCUGUAUCAGGACUCUAACUAUCAAUGGUGUGACCUAUGACCUGGAGGAAAGGGCCAUGAUGACAGCAGGGGUGACCUCUGGUUGUCCUGGUUACUGUAGUGGCUCCAGCAGCCUCUGCCACAACAGCGGGAAGUGUAUCGAGAAGAGCAGCGGUUAUGCUUGUGACUGCUCGCAGUCAGCCUAUGGAGGACCCACCUGUAGAGAAGAAGUUUCCAUGUCCUUUGACAGAGGGUCCUCGGUUACAUUUACCUUCAAGGAGCCUUUCCCAACGAUGCAAAACAGGAGCUCACAGGCCUCCAGCAAUUCCAGAAAAAGUAGCAGUAGGGCCCGAGAAGAUGUGGCUUUCAGCUUCAUCACUUCCCAGAACCCGGCCAUGCUGCUGAGCAUCAACACCUUCAGCCAGCAAUACAUCGCUGUCAUCCUGGCUCGCAAUGGAAGUUUGCAGAUAUGGUAUCAUCUACAGAUGCACAGAAGCCCAGAUAUGUUCAGUCCCAUCCUCAGCAACCUAGCAGAUGGACAACUCCACAGAGUGAGAAUCCACCGUGAGGGCAAGGACCUCUAUGUACAGAUCGACCAGGACAUCCACAGAAAGUACACGCUGUCAUCUGAUGCAGAGCUGAUCUUAAUCAGAUCUCUGACAUUGGGCAAAGUCAACAGAAGAGACAACUUUGAAGAAGAAAUAUUUCAAGUAGGUUCUGAAGGUUUCAUGGGCUGUCUCUCCUCGGUCCAGUUUAAUCAUGUGGCUCCGCUGAAAGCAGCGCUGCUGAAUCGAGGAAGUUCAUUGGUCACCAUCCGGGGUCCACUGGUGCAGUCCAACUGUGGAGCACUGUCAGACUCCAUCACAUCCCACAACCUACGAGAUCAAGCUGCAAUGAAAAAUAAGGAGAAGGAGCAGCAGGAGGGUAAUUCUACAAAUGAUGUUGCUGUAAUAGGAGGUGUGGUGACAGCAGUGGUGUUCACCAUACUUUUCAUCUUAGCUGUGGCAAUCCACUUCCUGUCUAAGCGAUGGGCCCAGAGAACCGAUGACAGCAUCAAGGAAAAGGAACACCAUCAGAGCAAUAGGACAGAAUUGCAUCACGACAAUACACUCAGGGACAAAAUGAAGGAGCACUACAUCUGA